AUUUGUUUUGACAUUUCAUGCUGCAGGAAUUAUUAUUUAUUUUGUUUUAUUUAUAAAAAAAAUUAAAAACUAUUAAACAUUUGUUGAAAAUUAAAUAAUUUAUUAAAACAAUAGUUCUCAAUUAUGCCUACUAUCAUCGCUUUAGAUACCUCACUCUCUAUGCAACGUACCAUACCCGGUCGAAGUGAAGAAAAUGCAUUGACAUAUCAUCAAUUGGCCCUCAAAGGCAUCUCACAAUUGCUGGAACAUUUGGCAGCCACAUCCAAAUUGGAAUUUGCUGCCCUGCUGACAUUCAGCAGUACCUGCGAAUUAAAAGUUGAUUUUACACGUGAUUAUGAUCAAAUUAAACAGACGGUGAAAAAAGUGGAGGCAGGCGAUAAAUUGUGUCUGAUGUCGUUGAUGAAAAGUGUGGCUACUAUAUUUACCACCAAUUGGGGUACACAGUCUCAAUGUCAAGUGGUGGUGUUUACUGAUUGCGGUUUAGGCUUUGGCUCAACAUCUUUGAAAACAUUUCUGCAGCAGUAUGUGGGCAAAGAACAUGAACCGGAAUAUUCGUGGGUAAAAGUUUUAAAGCCGGUAAAGUGGAAUUUCAUUUGUUUGGGUGUGCAUGGAGAUUCAUACUUUACCAGGGCCGUUACUGUUUAUCAGCAAUUGUUAGAUUUUACUGGCAUUAAAGGGCAACUUUAUAUGACCAAAGCUCCCAAAGAUAGCGAAAGUGGUGAGUCCGCCACGAAUGAACAGCAGAAAUCUACAAUGCCGGGUCAUAAAAGUGAAUUGGGCAGAACAGCCAUGUUUGAAAUGAUUGAAAAGUUAUGUGAGACCAAUUUUAAACCAUAUGAAGUUAUACUCAAAUGUGGAGGGUACUUUCGCUUGGAAUGUCCCGUCUUACUUUGGCCUCCUCCACAGCCCUACCAAAUGCCCACCAGUGAGAGCGUUAAAUCCAGCCCUUUAACUUUAGCUAGCAAAUUGGAAAUUUGUGGUUAUUUAGCCUUGACCGACAUAGGCUCACCUUCCUCUCUAAGUCGUCAUCUUAUUAUACCCAAAGUGGAAAGGGAGAAGCCAAGUCGUCGUUCAUCCGAUAAAUCUGGUACAGCAGCAAAAUUAUCAACGGAAAAAUCCGCUAAACUAGAUGUGAAUAAUGUCAAUUAUGAAUUUGAGAAAUUAGAACAAGAUAUCAGAGAUUUCUAUACCAAAGAGGUUAAGGGCGAUGUUGAAGGCGAAGUAACCAAUGAAGAAAAUGAUAAGACUCUUACGGCCGCACCAGUCGUCUUAAAUGAAAUGCAAAAGGAGUCUAUGUGUGUUCUACUACAUGGUGCUUUAAAAGUAGAAAAUUUGGCUGCUUUAGUUUUGCUCAAUGAUAAUUGGUAUGGUUUCAUUUAUUCGUAUGCGGAUACCAAAAAGAAAUCCAAUUUAAUGUUAAAUAUUUUACCACCCGGUAAUAAUGUCAUACCAUGGUUAGGUGAUUUACAGAUGUUGGGCUUUGCUGAGGAUUUAUUGCCCGGAGAGACGGCCGCCUUUCCCGUCAAGGCCGAUAAACGUUCCUAUUCGCAGAGUUGUGUGGUUUGGAUAAAUCGCAUUAGCUUACAGUCGGAUAUACAAAAGGUACUAAGACAUGCUAAGAAAAUGCCAGAAAAGACUCAACAUUUCUAUAAGGAAUUAAAUCGUAUACGUCGGGCAGCCUUAUCUAUAGGUUUUGUCGAACUUUUAGAAGCCAUGGCUACAUUGUUCGAUAAAGAAGCCAUUAAUUUGGCAGCGGUGAAUGCCAAUCCUGAAUGUACCAUACAAUUAAAGCAUGCAUCCAUUGAAUUGAGGAAACCUUCUAAUAGGGAUUUAAAAAUAUCUAUAGUUCCUGUACCGGUGCAGACGGUAAAUCCAACAGCACAAGGUGUAGCGGCCACAAAUGCCGGUGGCAAUUUUGUUUAUUAAUUUAACACAUUUUAUUGUUAAAUAUUUUAUUUUUUCUUUAGCAUGUAGAUUUAAGUAAUUUUUAAGUUAUCUUUACUAAAAUGAUGCUGAGUUGAUCCAAUGAGAUGCAUUCUGGUAGUGUAAAGUUUAAUUAAGAGAAUAAAAAUAAAAUAAAUUUAUUAAGAAACCUA